AUGCCUGGUUUCCUGCUGUGCUCAUUGGUGUCGUUGAUCCCCUUUCCAAGUCCUUGUCAGCACUGUCAGAGCCUUUGCGACGACAGCCAUGAGGUGCUGGCUUUUGCCAGAGCUGGUAAUCCACCCACGAGAGCUCCAGCCAGCUGUCACCGCCCGGAAACAACGGGCGCUAAUUUCAGCCAUGUCAGCACUCGUCCGACUGGUCGCAGUGGUGGCGUCUCGCCAUCUGUUCAUGCUUAUUACUUGAAGGGCGGUGCAGAAAAGAACCCGUCAAUUAUGACUAGAAAAGCCUGGCCGCAUUCUCCCAGAGACGAAACGCUACGCCGCAGUCUCAAUUUGGCUACUACUCACGACUCUGAAAAUUCCACAGUCUUCAGUGUUACUCUGGCCUCCAAGCAUGGACGACGUGCAUAUGCAGGUCAUGCAGCGGGCGUGCCGCCGAAAUCGCAGAAAUCGGAGCCGGGCUGCUUAUCAGCAAGCCCCCAGCGCUACGUCAUGACUUGCUUCCACAGCCGCGCCGCCACGGUUCAGCUCUGA